AUGGGGCUUUUCUCCCAAACCCCUCCACAGGAAGCUGUGGCAGAGGAAAAUGUGGCCGAUAAAAAGUCCCCGAUCGGAGUGUCCCGCUCAGCGUCAACAGAUGACCAUCCAAACGAUGAGCUCCCUGUGUCCAAGGAGGAUUCCGAGGUGGAAGAGACGACUGCACAAUCUACCUCGCUCAAGGAUUAUUUUAGAGUCCUAUCUUACACGACCACCAAAGAUCGAGUCGUUCUCGCGAUCGCCCUGAUAUGCUCUAUCGGAUCUGGUGUCCCCUUGCCGAUCAUGAAUAUCGUCUUUGGUGGACUGGUAGGGGAAUUCAGUUCAUACUUUACCCCUGGAACCUCGACCACUGAAGCCCACUUCAAAGCGUCAGUUAGUCGGCUCAGCCUGUACAUCGUCUACCUCUUCAUCGCGAAGUUCACAUUGACAUAUUUCUCGAUGUACUGCUUUCGUGUCAUCAGUCUCCGGGUUUCAGCUGCCAUACGGUUAGAGUACAUGGAGUCGCUCUUCUCCCAACCAAUCAGCAAGCUGGACCAAGUCUCGGUUGGAACAGUCGUUAACGCAAUCACCACUCUCUCCAAUUCGAUCCAGCAAAGCAUCUCGGACAAACUGGCUAUCCUCUUCCAAUCUACCGCCUUGCUCCUCGCCGCAUACAUCAUCGCCUUCAAAUACUCAUGGGCACUCACUCUAGCUACCAGCUCUUGUCUCCUCUUCAUCGUUAUCAUCUGCUGCCUGACCUUACCCGCUGUCUCGAAGAUCCAACAAAAGGUGGACAAGGCAGAUGAGAAACAUUCAGGAAUCGCCGCGGAGGUCUUUGGCUCGAUUCGAACUGUCAUCUCGCUUGGUGCCGAAGCGCCUUUGGCCAAGAAAUAUCGUCAAUGGGUUACGGAAUCUCGGAACAGAGGGCGAAGCAUGGCUAUAGUGAUUGGUGUCCAGUUUGGGUUAAUGUUUUUUGCUAUAUAUGCCAGCUACUCACUGGCGUUCUGGCUUGGACUGAAGCUUUUCCGGGAGGGUCACAUUCCAAAUGUUAACACGGUUAUCAUUGUUUUCUUCUCAAUCAUGAUCGCAGUCAGUGUUCUUGGAAACAUUGCGACACCAUUGACGAUGAUUUUCAAGGCGGCCAGCGCGUCGACCUCGUUCUUUGAAAUCAUAGACUCAGAGAGAAUUGCCGCAGGCGGUCUUCGUGACUCGGAGGCUUUAGCUCAGGGCGAUAUCUACUUCAAGAACGUGGAAUUUACGUACCCCACACGGCCAGAGAGCAAAAUUCUAAAUGGAUUGAACAUUGGAUUCGAAAGAGGAAAGACCACGGCUUUAGUGGGUCCAUCGGGGUCUGGAAAAAGUACCAUCGUCGCUCUCCUGGAGCGGUGGUAUGCCCCGGAACAAGGAGGUAUAUUCCUCGACGAACGAAAUAUUGAGGAGUUGGAUCUCAAAUGGUGGCGGUCCCAAAUUGGACUCGUACAGCAAGAACCCUUUCUCUUCAACGACACGAUUUUCAAAAACAUCUCGUUUGGCCUUGUCGGCACUAGGUGGGAGAAUGAGCCUGAUUCUGUGAAGGCAGAAUUGGUAGAGAAUGCAUGCAAAGAAGCAUUUGCAGAUGAAUUCAUCGAGCGCCUCCCAAAGGGGUACGAAACCAUCGUGGGAGAGAACGGCACCAAACUGAGUGGCGGUCAAAGACAGCGUCUCGCCAUAGCCCGAAGUAUCGUAAAGGGGCCUACCAUUCUGAUUCUCGAUGAGGCCACCAGCGCAAUUGACGUCCGUGGGGAGAAGAUCGUUCAGGCGGCACUUGAUCGCGUCUCCAAAAAUCGCACCACAAUUGUGAUUGCACAUAGAUUGUCGACCGUUCGGCGGGCCGAUCGAAUUCUGGUUCUAAGAGGCGGUGUCAUUAUCGAGGAAGGCACACAUGAAGAGCUUCUUGGAAUGGAGGACGGGCUUUACCGAGGACUCGUUAAUGCUCAAAAACUUGAAUUCGCCGCAGAGGAAGACGCAGGUCCAAUGGAGGUCACGGAAGCCUUGGAGGAGGAACUUGAUCAUUCCACGACUGUCAUGUCCAAGCAACCAGAAGAUGUACAGGAGGAGAAGGUGAAAUCUCGCGGGUUCUUCCAAAGCACGGGUGUUUUUAUUUACGAGGCGCGGUCACAUUGGUUCCUUUGUCUGACUGCUAUACUGGGGGCAAUGGGUGCUGCAUCGGCCUUCCCUUUACAAAGUUGGAUAUUUGCCAACCUCAUCGAUGUUUUCCGCCUGACAGGAAAAGAGUUGACAGAUGGUGCCAAUUUCUGGGCUUUGAUUUUCUUCAUCCUGUCUCUUGGCAUCGCAGUCUGCUAUGCCGCGGUCGGAUACUCAGCCAACAGGCUCUCCGUUGAAAUAUCCUCCUCUUGCCGAACGGAGUACUUCCAAAAUAUUCUGAAAAAGCCCGUUCCGUUCUACGACUUGAACGAGAAUGCCUCCGGAUCCCUGGUGUCCCGGUUAGCCACCGACCCCAAGCAGAUUCAGGAUAUGAUCGGGCUGAACGGCAUCUUCCCUGUCAUCUCAGUCUGCAGUAUGAUAGGUUGCAUUGCCAUCGCCUUCGCUUUUGGAUGGAAGCUAAGUCUCGUGACCGUGUUUGCCGCUCUCCCCUGUGUCUUCCUCGCCGCAUUCAUGCGUAUCCGAUACGAACUGCAGUUUGAAGCCCUCAAUGCAGAAGUGUACUCAGGCAGUUCCCAGUUUGCAGCAGAAGCUAUCCAGGCAUUCCGUACAGUCUCCGCGUUGACUAUGGAGGAUUCAAUCUUGAACCGGUAUUCCGGUCUUUUGAAGCAACAGCAGAACAAAGCCUUCCGCAAAGCUUGGCUGGCAACCCUGGUGUUUGCUUUCUCUGAUAGCGUUGAGCUCUGCGCUAUGGCACUCACAUUUUGGUACGGUGGUCAGCUUCUCGCAUCCAGAGAGUACGAGCCCACGUCCUUCUUUGUUGUUUACAUGUCGAUCAUCCUCGGUGGACAACAGGCUGGUCAAUUCUUUAGCUUUGGCCCGAAUAUUGCACAGGCUACAUCCUCGGCCAAUCGAAUUCUGAACUUCCGACCAGCUUCAGAGGAGGUUAGUGCUGCUUCCGGGCAGCGUGUGGCUGAUCAAUCUCCUGGGUCAGGGGCUCGCAUUGACUUCCAGAAUGUCGCGUUCAAAUACGCGUCACAGGAAGUUCCUCUCUUCACGGGCCUUGAUGUCACAAUCGAAAGUGGCCAAUUCGUGGCAUUUGUCGGACCGUCAGGAUGUGGAAAGACCAGCUUGAUCUCGAUUCUUGAGCGAUUCUACAGUCCGUUCCGUGGCACUGUUCUCCUUAAUGGCGAGGACAUCAACUCGAUUGACCAAACUUCAUACAGACGGUCGUUGUCAUUGGUAGCCCAAGAGCCACGUCUGUUUGAAGGCACCGUCCGUGACAAUAUCACCCUCGGACUCGAAAGCUCAGAGUACACAGAAGAAGAAUUGACUCAAGCUUGUAUCGAUGCCGAGAUCCACGAUUUCAUCACUUCCCUUCCACAAGGAUACCUCACAGAUCUAGGCAUCAAAGCCCAGCAAUCUCUCAGCGGAGGCCAGCGCCAGCGUCUGUGCAUCGCGCGUGCACUACUCCGAAAACCAUCUCUACUCCUCUUAGAUGAGGCGACAUCAAGUCUUGACUCACAGUCCGAAAAACUAGUUCAGGCCGCUCUCGAAAGACUGGCUGGACGGCGGAGUAUGACUAUUGUCGCGGUUGCACACAGACUGGCGACUAUCCAGAAGGCAGAUGUUAUCUUCGUUUUUGGGGAAAGUCAGAAUGGAAAGGGGUCGCGGGUCGUCGAACGGGGUUCGCAUCAGGAGUUGCUUCAGAAUCGGGGGACUUAUUGGCAGAUGUGCCAGGCAAAUGGCCUCGAUCGGUAG